UUAAAAUCUGUGCCUAAAAUGUAUCAUUCAGUUCUAUCUGAUAUGAUUAAGAGAAAAAUGAAAGCAACCGGUUUUAAUGAUGCUGUCUAAUCUACAAUGGUGGGCUACCAACGCAAUGACAGCCUCACUCAUAGUCAAAAGUUUGCUGUUGGGUGUUUCACUGGCAUCAUAACACGCUUGAUUACACAACCUGUGGACAUCAUAAAAUUAAGAACGCAACUACUUAAAAGAAAACAUAUAAAACACCUUAGCAUGUUCGAAAUGAGCAGGAAAAUUUUGAGGGAAGAAGGCUUUAAAGCUUUUUUUCAUGGACAUUAUAUUGGACAGGUCCAUUCUAUCCUAUCCGUGAGUACUCAGUUCUUCAUAUAUGAAUUAGUCUCAAAACAAGUCGUUAAUUCGGGAAUAGAUGAAAAACAUAUGCCCACAAUGUUGUUCUUCAGUGGGAUUAUCGCCGGCUGCUGUUCAGGCGCCGUCGCUUUGCCUCUAGAAGUGAUCAGAGUUAGACAGAUGAUUGCCAAAGAACAAUAUAAGUUAAAUGGUGCUAAAGCCGUAUACAAAGCGGGGGGUAUUCUUGCUUUCUACGAAGGACUAUCAGCUUCUCUUAUACAAUACGGGCCUGCUGUUGGUUUGUCAUUCUCGGUGUUUCGCUUUAUGCAACCACUACUAUUGAAAAAAAUGGCUCAUCGUCGUGAUUGCGAUGAUGCUCUCAGUACUGAAUAUAAACCAACGCAUGUGGUCGUCGCAAGCAUGAUUGCUGGAUCCACGGCGGGAUUUAUUUCAAAAACUGCUACGUAUCCUCUAGACUUAGUAAAACGGCGACUGCAAAUUGGAACUCAUAAAGAAGAUGAUAGGUUCACCACCAACGUUACUUCUCGUCAUCUAAUUCGAUGCACAAAAUUUCUAACAUGUAUUCAAAAUAUAAUUAAAAAGGAGGGCUUUAGUGGUCUAUUUCAAGGUUGGCUAGUAACAGUACUUAAAUCUCAAUUAACGAGUAUCGUAGCAUUUACAACUUACGAAUGUACAUGUUAUGUUGUUAGAGAAUUUAACAAAUCUGUACGAUAA